GGUGCAACCAAAAACAUCAACUUCCUCCUCUGUUUGCUCUCUCUGUCUCUCUCCACCAGCCGGCACCCACUUAUAUUAUUCAAAUCUCCUUCUCAUGCUCCCCUUCUGACAUCACUUCACCGCCCACGCUUCCCACUCCUCACAGUUCAUUUUAUUUUUCUAAAUUCCUUGGUGCUGUUUUGGUAUAAAACAAUCUUUUUCAUAAACAAAUUUGAAAACAAAUUAAACAAUAACAAAUACAGAGAAGAAUAGUAGUAGACUAGUAGUUAGACUAUUAUUCCCUUGAACUGGGGACUGGGGAGGGUGUUAAUUCAUGAGGGUGGUCUUCAUUUUCCUUUGACUUGCUUAACAAAGUAUAAAAAAAAACGUUUCCUUUCUAGUUCUGACUUCUAGGACAUUCUCUCAUGGAUCUGGAGUCUGUGGUUUACAGAAACCCAAUUAAGAAGGAAUCAUGGAGGACAGUGUUAACUUUAGCUUACCAGAGCUUGGGAGUAGUCUAUGGAGAUUUGAGCACAUCCCCACUUUAUGUUUACAAGAGCACUUUUGCUGAGGACAUUCAGCAUUCAGAUACCAAUGAAGAAAUAUAUGGAGUCUUGUCUUUUGUGUUCUGGACUCUUACAUUGAUUCCACUCCUAAAGUAUGUGUUCAUUGUGCUCAGAGCAGACGACAAUGGCGAAGGAGGAACUUUUGCUCUGUACUCGUUGCUGUGCCGGCAUGCCCAGGUAGGAUUGUUGCCUGAUGUUCAGCUAGCAGAUGAGAAGCUAAUAGAAUACACUAAGGGUGAUGGAACAGUUCCAAUUAAUAAGAGAAAUGUUGGGUCGGUGUUGAAAUCUUUGUUGGAGAAGCACAGGGUGCUGCAGAGGGUCCUUCUUGUUCUGGCUUUGAUAGGGACUUGCAUGGUCAUUGGUGAUGGUGUUCUAACACCUGCACUUUCUGUUUUCUCUGCUGUGUCAGGCUUGGAGCUUUCCAUGUCUAAAGAGCACCACCGAUAUGUUGAAGUCCCAGUUGCUUGCAUAAUUCUGGUAUUUUUGUUUUCACUUCAACAUUAUGGGACCCAUCGUGUGGGAAUCUUGUUUGCACCUGUUGUGAUGACAUGGCUGCUAUGCAUAAGUGGUAUUGGUUUGUAUAACAUCUUGCACUGGAACCCCCAUGUUUAUCGAGCAUUCUCUCCAGUAUACAUGUUCAAAUUCCUCAAGAAGACUCAAAGGGGAGGUUGGAUGUCAUUGGGUGGGAUUCUACUGUGCAUAACUGGUUCUGAAGCUAUGUUUGCUGAUCUAGGACACUUCUCACAGUUAUCAAUUCAGAUUGCUUUCACAUUUUUGGUGUACCCUGCUUUGAUCCUGGCAUAUAUGGGACAAGCUGCAUACCUAUCCAAGCAUCAUGCUAUUGAAAGUGAUUACCGAAUUGGGUUCUAUGUAUCUGUACCUGAGAAACUUAGAUGGCCUGUUCUUAUAAUAGCCAUACUUCAAUCUGUGGUUGGAAGUCAAGCUAUCAUCACAGGGACUUUCUCAAUAAUCAAACAAUGUUCUGCCAUGGGAUGCUUCCCCAAAGUCAAGAUCAUUCAUACAUCAUCAAAAGUACAUGGCCAGAUUUAUAUUCCAGAGAUCAACUGGUGCUUGAUGCUUCUUUGCCUCGCCAUUACUAUUGGAUUUAGAGAUACAAAACGAAUGGGAAAUGCAUCAGGUUUGGCUGUCAUAACUGUCAUGCUGGUGACUACAUGUCUAAUGUCUCUAGUUAUGGUCUUAUGCUGGCAUAAAAGUGUUUUACUAGCCCUUGGCUUCAUCUUCUUCUUCGGCUCCAUCGAGACACUCUACUUCUCCGCAUCCCUCAUCAAGUUCCUUGAAGGUGCUUGGGUCCCCAUCGCCCUAUCCCUCAUCUUUCUCAUUAUCAUGUGUGUGUGGCACUAUGGCACACUCAAGAAGUAUGAGUUUGAUGUUCAAAACAAGGUUUCCAUCAACUGGCUCCUUGGUUUGGUUCCCACUCUAGGAAUUGUGAGAGUCAAGGGAAUUGGCCUAAUACACACCGAACUUGUGUCCGGGAUCCCAGCAAUUUUCUCUCACUUUGUAACCAAUCUUCCAGCUUUUCAUCAAGUUGUGAUAUUUCUUUCCAUCAAAUCUGUCCCGGUUCCGCAUGUCAGAGCUGAAGAAAGGUUCUUAGUAGGUAGAGUUGGCCCAAAGGAGUACCGGCUUUACAGGUGCAUAGCACGGUAUGGCUAUCGCGACAUUCACAAGGACAAUAUGGAGUUUGAGAAAGAUCUUAUUUGCAGCAUAGCAGAAUUUAUCCGCUCCGGUACUUCAGAAUGUGAUGUAGGAUUUGAGAGUUUUGAAGAUGAUACAAAGAUGACAGUUGUGGGGACUUCAGCAUCGAACACGGAAUGUGUAAGAAUGUGUGAAGAUAAUGAUGAUAAGGAUAUUUCUCAGAUGGAAGAUGCCUCAGAAUUGAGGGGGGUUAAGGCUCCUGAAAAAGUGAAGAAGCGAGUGAGGUUUGUUGUGCCGGAUAGUCCACAAAUUGAUUUGGGAACAAGGAAGGAGUUGCAGGAGCUGAUGGAAGCAAGGGAAGCUGGAAUGGCAUUCAUAAUGGGACACUCAUAUGUGAGAGCAAAAAGAGGAUCAAGUUGGAUAAAGAAAGCUGUGAUCAAUUAUGGGUAUGAUUUCUUAAGAAGAAACUCUAGAGCACCAACUUAUGCUGUAAGUAUCCCUCAAGGAUCUACCUUAGAGGUGGGAAUGGUCUAUCAUGUCUGAUUUUUUGCUUUAAAACUAGUGAUCAUCUUGUUAGGUAUUAUACAUGAUAAAUGGUGGUGUUUUGUAUAGUGCCUCUUCAAGCUGCCAAUGUUUCCCUUUUACCUUUUUCUUAUUCUUCUUUGUACAUAAUAAUUAAAUAAGCUGGCAGAAGAAGGGAGUAUUCCUCCCAUUAUCAGAGCUGUGAUCCAGUUAUCCUAUCCUGAAUCUGCAAUGGAGAUCAAGGGAUCAAGGGUUAUUUUUGUGGAAGUCUUUUUUUUUAAUGAGAAAUUUUGUAAUAUAAAGUUUAGUUUACUUGUGGGUGGUCGAAGUGUCCUGCCCUAGAAAAUUAAGUAAAGGAUGUGCUUAAUCACUUAGUGUGUGUUUUGGUACUACUUGAUUGUAAUGUGAACGGACUUUCAUCCUAGUCCAUAAAAAAAGUUUUAUGGACUUUGAAUCUUAAAGUGUAUGCUAACGUUCAUUUGAACUUGUGCCAAUAGAUAUCCAAAUAUAUUCUUAGUA